GCUCCUCUGAAACAAUGGUUCCAGAAAAUCAAACCACAGUAAGAGAAUUUAUUCUCUUAGGACUCUCCACUUCUCCAUCUGUCCAGAUCUUCCUCUUUUUGGUAUUUUUGAUUAUAUAUAUAAUCACAUUGCUGGGAAAUGUGGUGAUCAUGCUUGUGAUACGAACUGACCCUCACCUCCACACCCCCAUGUACUUCUUCCUGAGUAACUUAUCUUUCCUUGACAUCUGUUAUUCCUCAGUUACUGUCCCGAAGAUGCUGGUGAACUUCUUGGUGGAGAGAAAGACCAUUUCCCUCAGUGGCUGCACCACCCAGCUGUUUUUUGUAAUUUUCUUCAUUGUAGCUGAAGGCUUGCUUCUCUCAGUGAUGGCUUAUGAUCGAUAUGCUGCUAUAUGCCAUCCUUUGCAUUACACUACAAUCAUGAAACAAUGGGUUCACGUCCAGCUGGCAUGCGGUGCAUGGAUAACUGCAUUUCUCUAUGCCUUUCCAAACACCCUCCUCCUAAUGAGGCUUCAUUUUUGUGGGCCCAAUAUAAUUAACCACUUUAGCUGUGAGCCACCACAGGUGUUCAUGCUCUCCUGUAGUGACCCCUUUGCCAACCGAAUGGUGGUUUACACUGUUGGUAUAACAUUAGGAUUGUUGGCUUUCCUCAUCACUCUGAGUUCCUAUGUUAACAUCAUCUCUACCAUUCUGAAAAUGAGUUCAGUAGAGGGGAAACACAAAGCUUUCUCGACUUGUACUUCCCACCUGAUAGUUCUCAUCUUAUUUUAUGGCUCUGUUAUGGUGAAAUACCUGAAGCCGACCACCAGUCACUCACAGGACCGGGACAAAUUCAUCUCUUUGGCUUACAGUAUUUUCACUCCAAUGUUGAACCCCAUUAUAUAUAGCUUGAGGAACCAAGAAGUGAAAAAGGCCGUGUUAAAAAUAUUAAGUAGAACAGUCAAAGACGGGAUGGUGUGAAGCAGAUGAGCAAACAAACUUCAUUUGAAGUAGAAUUGCUCUGAAAAGAGACUAGAAAAUCCUUGCACUUGACUACGUGCGAUUCCAGUGUCAAACCUAUUUACCAUGGUAACAGGGACAGAUAUGGAUCAAUUCUUUAAUUAUUUAAGAAUAGAAUAUGUUUCAUAACUAGAAAGUGUUUACUGUAUGACUGUAGUGGUUUAAAUCAGCAGUGCAGUUAAAGAACGAACAGGAAGAAACAAUGCUGUCUGGAGAUAAGACAUCUCUUAGCAAAUGUUUCAGUAUGUACCUGAAUUAUGAAUUGUAAAGAACAUGUUUUGGCUGUAGCCAACUGCACACUGUUUGUUUGUUUUGGUUUAUUGCCAAUAGUAAGAGCUCACUAAUCAAAAGGACUUAACAGUCCAGGGGGCAAGGAGUUGAAUAUGGGGAGUAAAAAAUGCACAGACAACAUCUGGGGGAUCUGAAAUUGUUGGGACUCUGAAGCUUUGAGGGACAGUGGCCAUUAAGCCUUAAGUCUCAUGAGAGAUGCAUAUACAUAUAGGCCUUCUGUCAUUAAAAAAAAGUAAAUCUGUUACAGGAAUGUACAUUGAACUAUAAGGGAACUCCUGUGUCAGUGACUCAAGUCCCUUGUGUAUGCUGCCAUCCUUGCCAUUCAAUCCAUUUCAUGAACCCAUUUAGCUGCAUCUUGAGCUCCAGUUCUUUUGCUGGAAAGGCAUUCUGGAGCCCCUGAUUAUUAACAGCAUCAUCAUAUCCCAAGCUUAAGUUUAUUAA